CGGUGGGGCUUCCCCGGGCUUCCCCUCCCCUGGCCGCAGGUGCCCGGCGCGGGCCCAGGACGCGGAGGCUGCUCCCGGCGAGAGGGAGCUGCGAGUCCCCAAGGCGGCCGCGGCUCGGCAGUAGGACGCAGGGUCCGCAGCCUCGCUAGUGGCGGGAGCGGCUUCCCGGAGCCCUGGAGCCCGAGGCGGGAGGUUUGGGCUGAGCCCUCCCCGGCGUCUGCCCCCGCCCGGCGCCCGCCUCCGCCCCGCCUGCGGCCUGGAGCGCGCCUCCCUCGCCUCCCAGGGUCUGGCUAGCCGGCGCCGGCGGAGCUGCGGGAGCCGCGGAGAGCACCAGCCGUCGCCGCGGGAGCUGCUCCGGCCGCACCAUGCGGGAGCUGGCCAUCGAGAUCGGGGUGCGAGCCCUGCUCUUCGGAGUCUUCGUUUUUACAGAGUUUUUGGAUCCGUUCCAGAGAGUCAUCCAGCCAGAAGAGAUCUGGCUGUAUAAAAAUCCUUUGGUGCAAUCAGAUAACAUACCUACUCGCCUCAUGUUUGCAAUUUCUUUCCUCACACCCCUGGCUGUUAUUUGUGUGGUGAAAAUUAUCCGGCGAACAGACAAGACUGAAAUUAAGGAAGCCUUCUUAGCGGUGUCCUUGGCUCUUGCUUUGAAUGGAGUCUGCACAAACACUAUUAAAUUAAUAGUGGGAAGACCUCGCCCCGAUUUCUUUUACCGCUGCUUUCCAGAUGGAGUGAUGAACUCAGAAAUGCACUGCACAGGUGACCCCGAUCUGGUGUCCGAGGGCCGCAAAAGCUUCCCCAGCAUCCAUUCCUCCUUUGCCUUUUCUGGCCUUGGCUUCACGACGUUCUACUUGGCGGGCAAGCUGCACUGCUUCACCGAGAGUGGGCGGGGAAAGAGCUGGCGGCUCUGUGCUGCCAUCCUGCCCUUGUACUGCGCCAUGAUGAUUGCCCUAUCCCGCAUGUGCGACUACAAGCAUCACUGGCAAGAUUCCUUUGUGGGCGGAGUCAUCGGCCUCAUUUUUGCAUACAUUUGCUACAGACAGCACUAUCCUCCUCUGGCCAACACAGCUUGCCAUAAACCCUACGUUAGUCUCCGAGUCCCAGCCUCACUGAAGAAAGAGGAGAGGCCCACAGCUGACAGCGCACCCAGCUUGCCUCUGGAGGGGAUCACUGAAGGCCCCGUAUGACCAGUGUCCUGGGAGGAUGGACGCUAAGCCCUGGGCACAUCUGCCACCCUGACAUCAUAACACAAUAGAAAUGGUUUUCUGUAGUGUAUUUUUCAUCAGUUGUUUCUCAAAAUCAUCGUACUUCUGCUUCUGUUUCACUGAUGGUGUUCCUGCUACUUUAAAUGUCUACUUUCAACAUUCUUGAAUUUGCAAGUGAAGGACACUGGGAACAAUCUCUGAGAGAUUCGAGGAAGAGGCUGAGAAGGUGGGCUUUGGCCGAUUCGUCUAUCUGAAAUGUUUGCUGUAACAGCCACCUUCCUAUGUUUUCAUGGUUGUAAAACAUAAUAAAACCUCCCACCUGGAAGACUUGG